GUUACACCACCCCCCCAAACCCCAACACCCCACCCCUCCUCCUCCAUCUCCAUUCCGCCUCCCCUCCCUCCUUAUCCUUCCCCCCUGACGCACGCGCCGUUCGGGUUUAGCUGGACUUCUUUUUGCCCCGCGCCCUCUCUCUCUCUUUCUUUCUCUCUCUCUCUCUUUCUCUCUCUCUCUCUCUCCGCUCAGGAGUUUGUCCUUCUUUAAACAUCAGUUUAUGGGAUUGUCCGUCCCCGCAGCUCUCUGCUCGGCCCAGUGUGUGUUGGCGGCUUUUGUCCUGAGUGGACUCUCCGCGUGCGCGUUUGACUGAAGAGCAGAAUGUCCACUUUACCGGGGACAGUGCCGAGGAUGAUGCGCCCAGCUCCUGGACAAAACUACCCCCGAACCGGCUUCCCCCUGGAAGUGUCCACUCCUCUGGGUCAGGGCAGAGUGAAUCAGCUCGGCGGAGUGUUCAUUAACGGCAGACCGCUGCCCAACCACAUUCGCCAUAAGAUCGUGGAGAUGGCGCACCACGGUAUCAGGCCCUGCGUCAUCUCCCGCCAGCUGCGCGUGUCGCACGGCUGCGUCUCCAAGAUCCUGUGCAGGUACCAGGAGACCGGCUCCAUCAGACCUGGAGCGAUAGGAGGGAGCAAGCCCAGGGUAGCCACUCCUGAUGUGGAAAAAAGGAUAGAGGAGUAUAAGCGUGAGAACCCAGGCAUGUUCAGCUGGGAGAUCCGAGAUAAGCUGCUGAAGGACGGAGUGUGUGACAGAAGCACCGUUCCCUCAGGUGAGGCCUCAUCUGUGAGCUCCAUCAGUCGAGUCCUCCGCACGCGCUUCGGAAAGAAAGAGGACGAGGAUGAGUGCGAUAAGAAAGACGAGAGCGGAGAGAAGAAGACCAAACACAGCAUCGACGGCAUCCUGGGAGACAAAGGGGGGCGUGCAGAUGAGCUCUCGGAUGUGGAUUCGGAGCCGGACCUGCCGCUGAAGAGGAAACAGAGGCGCAGCCGCACCACCUUCACUGCCGAGCAGCUGGAGGAGCUUGAGAAGGCCUUUGAGAGGACACACUACCCUGACAUCUACACCCGAGAAGAGCUAGCCCAGAGGACCAAAUUGACAGAGGCCCGAGUACAGGUGUGGUUCAGCAAUCGGCGAGCCAGGUGGCGCAAGCAAGCUGGAGCCAAUCAGCUUGCAGCCUUCAACCACCUGUUACCAGGAGGUUUUCCAGCAACAGGCAUGCCCACUCUGCCCACCUACCAGCUCCCAGAACCCGCCUACCCUUCCACUACACUAUCACAGGAUGGCAGCAGUACGGUGCACCGGCCGCAGCCUUUGCCCCCCUCCACCAUGCACCAGGGCGGCCUCUCGAGCGACAGCAGCUCCGCCUACGGCCUCUCAUCCAACCGCCACAGCUUUUCCAGCUACACUGACACCUUCAUGAGCCAGUCCGCAUCCAGCAACCCCAUGAACCCGGUCAACAAUGGGCUCUCUCCGCAGGUGAUGAGCAUCCUGAGUAACCCCAGCGCUGUGGCUCCUCAGCCGCAGCACGACUUCUCCAUCUCGCCCCUGCACAGCAGUCUGGAGGCCUCCAAUCCCAUCUCAGCCAGCUGCAGCCAGCGCUCCGAGCCCAUCAAAACAGCGGACAGCCUGGCCUCCUCCCAGUCCUACUGCCCACCCACUUACAGCACCACAAGCUACAGCGUGGACCCCGUAACUGCUGGCUACCAGUAUAGCCAGUACGGCCAGACUGUCAGGCCGAGUGUCUCCAGUAUGGACAGAUGGCCCACCCACAGCAGCGGUAGACUACCUGGCGAAGAACGUGAGCUUGUCCACACAGAGGAGAAUGAAGCUUGGGGAACACUCGGCCGUGCUGGGACUGCUACAAGUGGAGACGGGCCAGGCCUAUUGACGGACUCGUCCUCCUGACCAUCGCUUCUCUCUUCACCAGCAUCCCUCCAUCCAUUGUGCCGUUUCUCUCUCUGCUGCGUGAAAGAGAAGUAGCUAAAAUCAUAGACAGCCUUAGACUCCUGACCUUUGGCUGAGUGAAUACAAAAGCCAUUUAAUAAACAGACACUAUAGUGCCGCCUCUCAUGCGCCCCCCCUCUCCAACCUCCAUCUCAACAAAGAGACUCUUUCAGGGUUUCAGAGAGGCUGGAGGAAAGCAAGCAUCCAUUAUCUGGGUCCGCACCAGUCGCACCCUGCCCAUCAGCAGUCAAUGCUAGCACACACGGGCUGCAGUCGCAGCCGCUGCCCCAUUCUGAAAUGUUUGGACCAUGUUGUUCAUAGGACUUAAAAUGAUGGUAUUAUGAUUAUAUUUGAUAUAAUGAUUGUGGUUGUUUCUAUUACCGUUGGAAUUAUUAUUAUUAUUGUAAUGACCUUCUGUUUACAUGUUUUUAUUUUGUCCUUUUGGGUUCCUCUGCAAAGGUCUGGCUUUCUAACACAUCACGGAGGUGCAUGGAGAGAGGCUGAUAGCUUUUCGGACUGCCUGCAAUGCGUGUUAUUCGACCUUCACAUUUUAAUCUUAAGCUUGACAUUCCGAGAGAUCUGGGCGAGUCGGUGGGGUGUCUAGCUCAGCGGAGUCCUCUGGGAGAGAGUGGCCAAUGAGGGCUCCAAGAAUUUCCAAUCCCUUUCCCCUUCGUCCCCACAUGUAUCGGCCACUGGGGGAAAAAGCCACAUUGGUUAGAAAUAUAAACAGUCUUAAAGCGACAGACCAGCAGCCUGCCUCUUGACCUAAAGCAGAGGAGAGCUUUGGAGGAAGAGCAGUCGUCAGUAUUAUUUAUGAUCAUUUUUGUCUUAUGGAGUAAACGAAAGUAUUGACAUUCCUAAAUCAUUGAACCCAGAUUGUUAAUUAUAAAGAACAAUCCAUUCCAUUGAAGUAUUAUCAUUAUGAUCUUAAAGCACAAGUUAUCCUGAAUUGCACAUAAACAUAUUAGUUUUCCAAGCUGUGUGAGGGCAGUAUGCUUUCUUUGGGAUUUUCUACUGUCUAUAACUUAAUGGUGCUCAGUUCCAAAACAAGACAAAUAUCUCAUUGGAUCUUUUAUAGUCAAUUAUUCCACAUUCCAUAAGUAUAUAGCACUUUUUUGGUCACACUUUAUUUGGAUGGUUCCCUAUAGGUGAUCUACAGAGACAUACGUCAUUAACAAACUUUCUAGUGAUACUCAAUUGAUUAUCAGCACCUUUAUGGUUAGGGUUAGGUUUAAGAGUAUGUGUUUUGCAUUGAGGUUAGGGUUUAGGGUUAAGUUUAGGUUUAGGGAUAGAUUUAAUUCAGGCUUUCACACUCAACUGCAACUUCAAGUUCAGUCGCAUUUAAUAAAUAUUUAGUUGAAUGUUACUUAAAGAUAUACUGAUAUUACACAAACCACGUAUAGAGGACCAUCCAAAUACAGUGUUUUAACCCUUUUUGCUCCUCUAUACUGCCUUUCUGUCAAUAAUUCCACCACAGAACGUUCAGCAAUGAUUACCUCACAGUUUGCAGUGGAAAUGGUGAAAUGUACUGUUGAAGUGGCUUCGUGUGGCUCAUAUUGCAUAUUACAGAAUUAUUUGUGUGAGUGUGAAUUGGUUGGUAAUGAGAAAGCAGAUAUAAACAAGCUCCAUGGAUAGAGUGGACAGAAUAUAUUGUCGAACUGUUGCAUAAAUUCAAAAACACUGCAUUCUGUUUGCACUCUUUUGAUUACUUGUUCCAAAGACAUGAAAAGACAAGCUACUUGUAUGUAAAUCACUCAUCCAUGUGACCUCCUUUAAAGAAGAUGUGAAAUCCCUUCCAGAAGCACAUUUUCAUUUUGAGCCACAUGGAUAAUCAGUAUUCUGAGUUUACAUACUCCCUUCAAUUCCCUACUUCGCAUCUCAGUAGAGCACCUCGCUUCAGCUCUUCACAAACCAUUACACGACGAGAGGACCUCCAUGACCAGGAUGAACUGGGAAGGAACGGAGAGCCCCUCUACCUGCUGUCCAGGACCAAUGGAGAGUUACCCAUCCAUACUCUACAUGUCUAGCCUGGGUGCCGUCCAAUCACACAGUCCAGAUGGAGGUUAAGGAGGUUGGUGGGUGGAGCUUUUCCAGCCUUAACCAACCAGAAAGCAGACAAUGUUGACAAGCAGUUAGAAGGCCACGUCAUGUCAUGGCACCCAGGCUACCGCAUGUCAUGAUAUUCAGGAAAACAGAACAAACUCACUCAGGCACACGACCACGUGCCAGCAAAGACUGAUAGCAUUUCAUUUUAACACUUCAAGCGUUUUUGUAAUAAAAGAAAGGAAAGACAAAAAAAAGCAAUGUAAGAUGUUUUUAGUGUGUAGCACUCAUUUCUAACACCAACAUUAAUCUAUCUUUGAGAUAUUUAAAGCACUAUUUGACUUGGCGGUCUUACGCCUCUCCAAAUUUCUUUCUAGCUUCAGUUGGUCCAUCACAUUCCUAUCUAAUUCACUCCUGUUUUUGUUCUGUUUUUUUUUUUUUCAUUCAAGCUUUUGUAAUUUGCUUUGUUAUCUUUUUGUUCAGCAUGUAUGUAUAUUAUCAUGGCAUAAUUUAUUCUGCUGUAUGAAACAAUAGCGUAGUGGGAACUUGUAUUGGCUUUCCUACCUUCAGCCUGUUGAUGUCUUUACUGUAGCACUGUUAUUGAUUAAAGCUCGGAGAAAAAAAAAACUGGACGGCCA